AUGUACAUAGGUAACACUUGUUCUCUGGAGUCCCAGGUUUAUGCAGAUCUGGAGGUAGCAUUUGUGAUAUCAGAGGACGAGGCAAUGUUCAAAGCAUUAUGCAAGACAGUGGAACUUUUACAAGGGAGUACUUCUAUAAUCAGUCAGUACUAUUACGGGUGUCUUUUCAAUGAGCUUCUAGCUUUUCAGCUUUCUGAUCGACAUCCACCAGCACAGAGAAAUACUACACGAGCUUCUAAGACCAACGGCUUUUCCACUUCUACCAUGUCCAUGCUCGAUCAUGCUGAGCUGGCAGUAAAUGAACCCGAUGAAUCUGCCCUGGUGCAUAUGGAUGUCGAUCAGAUCUUCUUGCCCAUAACAACACCUGUUAAGGCCUCCAUCUUUGAGAGUUUUGCUAGGCAGAACAUAACAGAAUCUGAAACUGACAUCACAGAUGGCAUCAAACAAUUAAUCAGCAGCAGUUAUGGCAUUCCGUCCUCCACCAAAACUGAACUUGUAUGUGCUGACCGCCCAAUUUCACUUUUCAGCAAGUUGGUACUAUGCUGUAUCCAGGAAGGUGGCACCCUCUGCUUCCCAAACGGUACCAACGGAAGUUACGUAUCUGCCGCAAAGUUUUUAAAGGCAAAAUCUGCAAAUAUUCAGACCAACGCAGAAGAAGGAUAUAAACUGACAGAAAAAACACUCACGACUGCACUCAAGGGUGUUCAAAAACCAUGGGUCUACAUUUCAGGCCCGACGAUCAACCCCACAGGCUUAGUUUAUAGCAACGAAGAGAUUAACAAAUUAUUAUCCAUAUGUGCAAAGUUCGGGGCAAGAGUAAUUCUGGAUACUUCUUUUUCGGGUGUAGAAUUCAACUCAAAGGGGUUUGGGGGAUGGAAACUGGGAGCUACACUGGAGAAACUUUCCUCUGAUAGCUCAGCCUUUUGCAUCUCACUUCUUGGGGGACUUUUCUUUAAGCUACUGACAGGUGGGAUUAGUUUUGGGUUUCUGCUCAUCGACCAGCCUUCGCUGGUGGAGACAUUCCAUAGCUUUGCAGGUUUGAGCAAGCCUCAUGUGACGACUAAGUACAUGGUCAAGAAAUUGCUGGAUCUGAGGGAGGAGAAAAGAGAGGAACUCCUUAAAGCCAUUUCGGAGCAGACUGAUAUUCUGGGGAGCAGAUAUAAGCAAUUGAAGCAGACACUGGAAACUAGUGGAUGGGAGGUGCUGGAGGCUCAAGCAGGCAUAUCGAUCUUAGCUAAACCGUCUGCCUAUCUUGGAAAGACCAUCAAGAUCAAGAAAGGUACAACCACCCAGGAAAUUAAGCUCGAUGACAAGAAUAUAAGGGAAGCCAUGCUUAGGAGCACCGGCUUGUGCAUCAACAGUGCCUCUUGGACUGAAAUCCCUGGCUACUGCCGCCUCACCAUUGCCCUGGAGGAAGGCGAUUUUAGACGCGCACUAGAUUGCAUUUCUAAAUUCAGAAUCUUAGUCAGUUAA